UUUCGAGGGGUUUCCUUCCUUCUUUCUUUCUUUCUUCAUUCUUUCUUUUGCCUGCGUGCACUUGGCGCAGCAAGCCCGCGCUUCUCACCGGCAACAACUAAAAAAAAAAGAGAGAGGAUCUCUUUUUUUUUCUUCUGUUAAAAAUGCGGAACUUAUUGGCUUUCUGGGGGGGGGGUGUUGCGUGGAUGACCAGGGGAAGGCGAAAAGGGAGGUCCCCAUUUAAAUGCGUGUAUGUGAAAGGAGGGAUUUUAGUGGCUUUGGGAUAUUCGUCGCACGUCGUCUUUGCACGCUGCGCCCCUGGGGAUGUGUCCACGGGGCUGCGCGCACCGAAUCCCCCUCCUCCUCCUGCCGCCGCUGCUGCUGGCAAUCUCCCUGGCUCCUCGGCGCGCCGUUCCCCAGCGUCACGACCCCGACGCGUCCCCGCCGCUCCUCGCGAUGUCCGCAGGUUGUCGGAACGUGCACUACGACCUCGUGUUCCUGCUCGACGGCUCGUCGAGCGUGGGCAAGGGCAACUUCCAGAAGGUGCGCGAGUGGGUGUCCAACCUCGUGGGCUCGUUCGACACGGGCCGCGAGAGGACGCGCAUCGGGGUGGUGCGCUACAGCGACAGCCCGCACACGGAGUUCGAACUGGGCUCGCACUUCGCAAAGGAGGACGUCAAGCGCGCGGCGCACAACAUCAAGUAUACCGGCGGCAACACGCGCACGGGCGACGCCAUCAGCUACAUCACCAAGCACAGCUUCUCGGAGGAGGCGGGCGCGCGGCCCCACGACUCGUCCGUGAACAAGGUGCUCGUGCUGCUGACGGACGGACGCAGCCAGGACUGGGUGCUGGAGCCGGCCAAGGAGGCGCGUGCCGCCGGGGUGCGCGUCUUCGCCAUCGGCGUGGGGGAGGCGAUGCGCGAAGAGCUCGAGGAGAUGGCGUCCGAGCCGCUGGACGCGCACGUCUUCCACGUGUCCGACUUCGACGCCAUCGACAAACUUCGAGACAUCCUGCGCCGGAGGAUUUGCGAAACCGUCAUCUGCCCGAACCUGCAAAUAGAGAAGAUGAAGGAGCCGGGACAGUUUACCCAAGUCCCAGGCUUUGACCUCAUGGAGCGGUUUGAGCUGCUGGACCAAUCGGCCCUCAAGGAAACUCGGGGCCCGAAGGGACACACGUCGCUGCGCCUCGGGAGUGUGCCGCUCGUCCAGCUGACCGAGCAUGUCUUUCCACAAGGUCUCCCGGAUGAGUACACGUUCCUAACGACAUUCAGAUUCAGAAAAACUUCAAAAACAGAUGACUGGUACAUCUGGCAAGUCAUAGACAAGUACGGUAUUCCACAGGUGUCCAUCCGGCUGGACGGCGCCAACCGCGCGUUGGAGUUCAACGCCAUCGGGCUGCUGAAGGCGGCGGUGCGCGCCGUGUUCCGCGGGCCCCAAGUCUCGGCCGUGUUCGACCGCUCGUGGCACAAGAUCGGCGUGAGCGUGCAGCAGCGCACCGUGUCGCUCUACGUCGACUGCCACCUCGUGGGGGCCUCGUCCAUCGAGGAGCGCGAGAACAUCGACAUCGUGGGCAAGACGGUGAUCGGCAAGCGCCUGUACGACAGCACGCCCGUAGAGUUUGACCUGCAGAAGAUGGUGAUUUACUGUGACCCCAAGUUCGUGGAGGCUGAGACGUGCUGUGAGCUGCCGGGAAGCCAGUGCGGCCCCGAAGUCGAGUUCCUGCCGACUCAAACGCCGCAAGUCCACAGAACCGUCGCGCCGACGCCCGCCGAGGGCGUGGACGUCAUCACGGCCGUCAACUGCUCCUGCCCACCGGGCCCUCCCGGCACCAAGGGUGAGCGAGGCGAUGGCGGUCUCCAAGGGCCCGUAGGACCAAAAGGGGGCACUGGAGCACCUGGCCCUGCUGGGCUACUUGGCAUCAAGGGAGAGAAAGGGGAAGCGGGCAGAGUCAUAAGCGCGAAAGGUGACGUCGGACAAAAGGGCGACACAGGCCAGCCAGGACUUGCCGGUGCAAGGGGGGAAAGAGGCGCCAAGGGAGCCUUGGGACCAACCGGUCUGCCUGGGAGAGAUGGCAAAGCAGGCGAAAAGGGGGAGCUCGGACAAAAAGGAGAAAUGGGAAGUCCUGGUGCUGCUGGCCUCAGGGGUCCACCGGGGGCGGAUGGAAAGACAGGCCCCCCAGGGCUUGUGGGACCCCCCGGCCCCCAAGGAAUACAAGGCCACGUGGGAAUUGGAGGAGAAAAGGGUGACCGUGGAGAUAUAGGUUUGCCGGGGCCCGCGGGACUAAGCGGAAAGGAUGGCCAGAAAGGAAGUGAUGGAUUUCUUGGCUUUCCUGGACCUAGAGGAGAAAGAGGGGAGGUGGGACCGCCUGGACAACCCGGUGACGUUGUGGCGCAGCAGGGAUUAAAAGGAGAGCGCGGAGACCGCGGUGCAGCUGGCCCUACCGGGCCUCCCGGCCCUCCCGGAGACAAGGGCGAUCUGGGAGCGGAGGGCAAGGAGGGCUCUCCCGGCAAGGAAGGCCAAAGGGGUAAACGUGGUGACCCUGGUACCCCGGGAAAGGACGGGCUGCAGGGACUGCCGGGCGAGCAAGGGACCGCGGGGGAACCUGGCCCACCCGGACCCAUCGGCCCCUCGGGACUCCCCGGUGAAAUCGGCAAGCCGGGAAAGCCGGGCGAUGCAGGACCAGCCGGUCUUCCCGGAGAACACGGUAAAGCCGGGCAGCCUGGGAUCCCGGGAGAAAAGGGCGACAAAGGUGUCAGAGGGUUGGAUGGAUUUCCUGGAAAACUCGGUGCCAAGGGAGAAGCUGGCGAGAGUGGUAGGCGUGGCCUGGAUGGUGAAAAGGGCGACAAAGGGGAGCUGGGGGCUCCCGGUCUGACGGGCCUUCGGGGAGACAAAGGAGACCAGGGCCUGCCAGGUUUAGGCGGUCCGCCAGGUGACAAGGGCGAGAGGGGAGAAAGAGGCGACGCUGGACCAAGGGGCCUUCCCGGAUUGCCAGGCACGGACACUCAAACCUCUGUGGUCCAAGAACCUGGAAUUCCGGGCUUGCCAGGUGAGAAAGGAGAGAAGGGGGACCGAGGCCUCCCUGGAGAAAAUGGUGCGGCGGGGAAACGAGGAAACUCCGGACCUCCUGGCCCCGUGGGCCCAAAGGGUGAGAAGGGUGAAGUUGGUGGUAUUGGACUUCCUGGAGACAGGGGAUUUGCCGGACCUCCGGGAGUUCCUGGCCUGGUUGGGCCCCCUGGUUCACACGGACCCAUCGGGGCCAUUGGACCUCUUGGCCCACAGGGCCUUGAUGGGAUGAAAGGUGAGAAGGGCAACGAGGGGCUGCCCGGUGCGCAGGGGAUGCCAGGUCCUCAGGGGCCUCCUGGCACCCCAGGGGAGGUUGGGCAGCCGGGGCUGGGCAAGACUGGCGUGACGGGUGACCCAGGCAGAGCAGGGCCUUCAGGACCACCAGGUCCCUCUGGCGAGAGAGGCUUGGCAGGUCCCAUCGGCCUCCCUGGUGAGAGAGGACUACCUGGGAUAGGUGCCCCUGGACCUCCGGGUCAACGUGGAGAUCCCGGACAUGAAGGGCGGCAGGGACAGAGAGGCCCGCCGGGAGUUGCGGGCCCUCCAGGGAUGGCAGGCCUCGACGGUCCCGCAGGAAAGGAUGGCAUUCCGGGCCCCCCCGGCCCACCAGGAGAAGCACAUCCACAUCCGUUGUUGUACCCGAAAGACGUCACCAACUUCCUGAAGGACGCGUGCACCGACUGUCCCCCGGGGCCCCCGGGCUUCCCCGGGCUGCCCGGCCUUAAGGGGGACAAAGGCCACGCGGGCACAGCAGGGCCCAGCGGCCGUGACGGCAACAAGGGUGCUGCCGGCGAGAGAGGAGACCAAGGAGCUGCUGGCCCUCCCGGUUUGCCGGGGAUGAAAGGCGAACGUGGAUAUUCGGGAACGGCGGGCGAGAAGGGAGACAUGGGUUCGCCGGGAGUACCGGGCUACCCAGGUCCGCCCGGCCUCUCUGGCCCGCCGGGAUUGAAAGGAGACUCUGGGGCACCGGGACACGCCGGAUUACCAGGAGAGAAGGGAAAGGACGGUUCCCCUGGAAUGAUGGGGUCUCAAGGUCUUCCCGGCAUCCCUGGCCCGCCCGGGCUGGAGGGAGAGAACGGCAGGAACGGAGCUCCGGGCGAAGCGGGCAGCCCAGGAGAACCGGGAACCGCCGGGAAACCAGGAGCACGUGGGUUUCCGGGCUUCAAAGGUCACAAGGGCCUAGUCGGGCCACCCGGCCUGCGCGGCGAACAGGGCAUGAGUGGACAGCCCGGACGAGAGGGCCCCAAUGGAGCGCCGGGUGACCCGGGUCCCCCGGGGCCGCAGGGCCCUCCAGGCCUCCGCGGAGAGCCGGGCAAGACGGGCGCCACUGGGCCUCUCGGGUCCAAGGGAGUCCAGGGAGAACCCGGAUCCAAGGGUGACAAGGGACACGUGGGAGAGAUCGGCUUUCCUGGGCCGAGAGGGCUUCCUGGUCCAGCGGGUGAGCAAGGCAUGGCAGGCCCCGUUGGAAAAGAAGGCGAUGCUGGCCGAGCCGGAGACCGGGGCCCCAAAGGAGAGAGGGGCGACCCGGGCGUGCAAGGUCUGAAGGGCCCUGCCGGAGACAAGGGACGCGACGGGGAGCCCGGGACACCGGGCCACAAGGGAUUCACGGGUCCCAUGGGUCCGGCUGGGCCACCGGGCGAGCGAGGCUUUCCUGGGGCACCGGGCUCCUCGGGGCAACCAGGCCAACCAGGCCUUCAGGGGAAAUCUGUGUCCUUUGAUGAGCUAAAGAGAUUCAUAAGGGAGGAAGUAUCAAGACAGCUGGACGAAAGCAUGGCGCGGAUCAUCGGCCAAGUCCAGCCGGCAGCCAUAAUGGCUUCGCCUGGCAAACCAGGCCCCGCCGGUAACCCAGGCAAGGACGGGUUGCCAGGGCGACCGGGCUCGGCCGGGGAGCCUGGGCCUGCGGGGCAGAUGGGUCGCGAAGGCCCCCAGGGCUUGCCUGGGUUCAAGGGCGAACGGGGACCCAAGGGGGAGAGAGGAAUGCCCGGGGUCGGCGUGCGAGGUGACAUGGGGCCGCAGGGCCCACCAGGUCAGUCUGGAAUCCCCGGCUUCGGCAAGGACGGUUCGCCCGGCCCUCAGGGCCAGCCGGGGGAACCCGGCGUCCCCGGGCAGUCGGGGCCGCAGGGCCCGCCCGGACGGACGGGUCAAUGCGACCCGUCCACGUGCUACUUCGCCGCCUCCUUCGCACGUCCGGCUCAGAACGUCAAGGGGCCGUGAGCGCGAGUCCAUCGCCGCUUAUCCUCCCCCUGCAGCUCCACCUGCGCCGCCACCUCUUCCUCCGCUUCGAUUUGCAUUUAAACAACGUUUGUGUUUGGACGCGGCCACCCUCAACGGUUCACCGACAGCUUGUCAGAGUUAUUAAAAUAAGAGCAAAUAUAUUUUUUAAAAAGGGCAAAGUGGUGUGCCCGCGUAGGAUUGUCAACAUCGCUAUUUAAAAAAAAAGCAAGAGCCAGUUACCAGUUGAACCCUGGCAUUCGAUCAGGAAUUGAUUGCUGCUGGUUAGAAAAAUGGGAUUUUUUUAUUCCUUUCAGGGAACGCUUGUUCCAACGGUACGAGAUUCCCACACGCGUGUGAGAGUAGCACUUGAAAGCACAGCUAAGAGGACACCUGGAAAUAGCCAUAUUAGUGGGAUCCGUUUGUUGACAGAUCAGCCAAUCACAGCCAAGAGAAUCCUUUGCUCAUGUUCUUCUAAGCCCACAGUCCCAGCAGUGGAUUUAGUUGGAUUAUCUUUCUUGGUCCAAUUCUUACCUGCGCUUUUACUCUAGCCACAUCCACUCGCCUUGAAUAGAGAUCCAUAGACUUACAUCGAGACCCAUAGACGUACAUACACUUACAUGAUCCAUAGACUUACAUUGACCCCCAUAGACUUACAUUGAGACCCAUAGACUUACAUACACUUACAUGAUCCA